AUGAGUUGCCUGGAAAAAGGUAUUGAGUACGACCCUUCUGUGAGGCCUGGUCGGGGUCGCCAAGCAGUGGUCAAGCGUGGCUCUGUAGUGGAGCAAACAAUUGCAAACCUGGUGGAGACUGGCUCAUCAAUUGAGGAAGCAACAAAUCUAUUGAAUGAAGAAUUGAAAGAGAAACAUGCCACCAAUGACUGCGAUUCACCUCUUGUUCUAUACAGUGUCUCGUCUGUGUACACUUGCAUAAAAAGCCUGAAGCCAAAAGUAUCAAAGAUUAAAUUACGCAGUCAAGGACGGGUAGACGAGAAUUCUCCUUGGGCAAAAGCAAGAUUGGGAUGGGCUACACAACUACUGAUAAAACUUGGUCUACUGGAGGAGGAUCCGACCAAGGAUUACUACACAAAAUCUAAACUAGAAAGUUUAGAGAUCUCACAAAUUGUCUUCUGGGAUGAAACUCAUACCAAAUGUGUCAUUGGAGCAGGUGCAGGAAGAGAUUUUGUGUUUGUAUUCCCAAGAGAUAGCAAUGGAAAUCUGAAUCCAGAUGGCGGGACCUACACUGACACAAAAUUCAAUCGUCUGAAAGUGAAGUAUGAGAAGGAAGUCCGUUUGUGUCUUGGGUGUGCUGCAGUGCAGAUCAAUGGCCAAGAUGAAUAUGUUGGCAAGAGAUGUGUACCCUUUGACUACUCUGGGAAGACAAUACUAUCCAUCAGUGACUACAAAUCAAAAUGCCAGGCUGAGAUUCAAAGGGUAAGAGCGCUGAAAGGUGAAGUUCCUCCUUGGUACUUGAAAACCCGAGUCAAGGACAAGUGCUAUCGCAAUGACACUGUCAGGAUUGGUUUGAAACGUGUUGGUAAAGUACUACAGGAGCAAUUUCAAAUGAUCAACAUAUUCACCAUCCAAGAUCUGAUCGAAACUGAAGGAUCAUUUGCUGACCGUCUCAAUCCUUGUCCUCCUGGCUGCAAGUGGAGAGAAGAUCAGCUCCAGAGCUGGUACAAACAGGCAAAAGAAAACCUUGUUGAGGGUGAUGGCAAAGAGGUAGUUGAUCACAGAAAGGCAGAAAACCCAUAUGAGUCUAGGUAUGGGCAAGGUUGGGAGGAAGAACUCAGAAAGGUUUUGCACAGAAAUGGCUCCGUUUCUGUUGCUCAUCUGGUAGACCAUAUUGUUCAUGAGUCUGCUCAAACAAUGAAAGGGACAAAACAUGACAAUGAUUGGAGGUUCUACCAUGAUGCCCUUACGCUAAUGACAUCCGCUGAUCUCAUUGAUUACAUGAAGGCCAAAGGAAUAUAUCACAGAUGGAUCCUCCCAGAGCAGGGACUAUUUGAAGAUGACACAGCCCUUAGAAAUUACCGGGGGCGACCUCCUGGUGACUCUCCGGAGUUGAUGCCCUGGGAUAACAAUUUGAAUCAAGAUGCCCAUGUUUCGGUUGAAAGGCAUGUGGGAAUCACUUCCGUUUAUGAAAAGGGUGACCCAAGGAAAUUUUCCAAAUCAACUCCCAAUGAGGGUGCUCGUGCCUACAAAAGGGUUCUCCAUCCAACAGAAGGUGUUGCGCCCACUCCAAAAAGAAUAGUUCAAGAC